CCCCCCUCCUUCUCCAAACUCAGGAAAAGUCAAUACAAUCGCACUUCAUUUUUCCUUCAUGUGCACUUGGAAGUCCUGGGAGCAGCAAGAGCAGCAGCAGCAAGAAUGAACUGCAAGGAGGAAAAUGACAACUGCACUGACGGGAGCAGGAGCAGCACCAAGAAGAUGCUGAAAUGCGUGGUGGUUGGGGAUGGUGCAGUUGGGAAAACCUGCCUGCUGAUGAGCUAUGCCAAUGAUGCCUUCCCAGAGGAGUAUGUCCCCACUGUGUUUGACCACUAUGCAGUAACCGUGACUGUGGGAGGACAACAGCAUUUGCUGGGGCUGUAUGACACUGCAGGGCAGGAGGACUACAACCAGCUGAGACCCCUGUCCUACCCCAACACUGACGUGUUCCUGAUCUGCUUCUCCGUGGUGAAUCCUGCCUCCUACCACAACGUGCAGGAGGAGUGGGUGCCCGAGCUGAAAGUCUGCAUGCCCAACGUGCCUUACGUCCUCAUAGGAACACAGAUUGACCUCCGGGACGAUCCCAAGACCUUGGCACGGCUGCUUUACAUGAAGGAGAAGCCCCUCACCUACGAGCACGGAGUGAAGCUGGCAAAGGAGAUCGGAGCCCAGUGCUAUCUGGAGUGCUCAGCACUCACACAGAAAGGCCUUAAGACUGUCUUUGACGAGGCCAUCAUGACCAUCUUCCACCCCAAGAAGAAGAAGAGGCGCUGUGCAAAGUGCCACCGAUGCUGCACCCUUGUGUGACGUGCCCUGGGAAGCAGAGCCAGCUGAGUUCAGUGAAACCAAGCAGGUUAGAAAGGCAACCAAGGUCACGUGCAACUGAAACGGGGAACAUGACCAGAAAAAGGUCCUUCUUACCCAAAUAUAGGAGCUCUGCAUCCCGUGGAGCCUCCACGCUGAAUCACCCUUGGCCAACUCCUGUCUCUGUGCUUUCCUAACCCUCCAGAGCUGUUUUGCAGCCUGUUCCCACUGCUGCACCAGCAGAAACCAGGAUGCCUGCUUGGCUCCCCACCUUAGGUGAAGGUGGCUUGUGACAAAACAAAGAGCUAAAGAUGGCAAAAGAAACAGGAGAAACUCCUUUUGUGGUAUUAUGCAUCAGAAUUAGGAAUUUGCAGUCCUUAGGAAUUGAAUCUGAAUUGACUGAAAGCACAUGGAGAUCUGUAGAAAUCUAAUAUGUAAGAUACACACUAUAGGUAGGAUGUACUUUAAAAUUGCUUUACUUUUAUAGGACUUGCCAGUUCAGGAGAUAUUUCAGUUUGUUCACACCACAUGGAAGCAAAGGUGGAGUGAUUCCAGUUUGUUUUCACCUAAUGGUGAAACUUCACAGCAUCAGGAUGUUACUGCACCCAAGCUAUCAAAAUGGAUCAACAUUUACCUCCAGACUUAAGGAAUGUUCUUACAACUAAAAAAAAUGCAAAUAACUGUAUUUUUACAGAGGAAUGUUCAGGCUGAGCCAUGUUUCUGUAAGCUGGGAAAGGAAGUACAGAGUUGUAGCAUUAAUGUACUGAAACAAAGAAAUUCUGCCACCAAAGAAUAUUGCCCUGGACAUGAAAUAGCAGCGUGAAACAAUCCCUCUUCCAACUGAGAACAAGAACAAGACACAUUGCCAUGGCAACUGAGAAUUUACCUUAUAGAUCAGCUGGAUUUCUACAUCUCACCCAACAGCCAAGAAUAGAAAAAAAAAAUAGCCAAAGGUCAUACUGACUUUAAGUGCUUUGAGGUGAUCAAAUUGCCUUAAAAUUAUCCCUUUUUUAUGAAGUAUUUCUGUAAAAAACUCAUCAAAGUGAAGUUGUGAACUUGUUGGCUUAUUGUAGCCUCCCUCCUCCCAUUUGUUUCUUCUCUCCCUGCUCCCAUUUUCCCAUCUUCACAGAGAUUGCUGUUUCAGCUGCAGCCUGGCUGCUGUCCUCAGGCAUGGCUGUAGCCAGCAGCAUGGAGGUGGGAAAUCCAGCCCACAGGUGAAGGGAAGCUCCUGUGUUCUCCCCUUGCUGCUGGGGAAUUUGUGCCUUCUCACUGAAGCCUCUCUGGGGAUCCUGCAGCUUUGCACAUCACAGCAACACAGACACUCCCAGGUGAGCUCCAAGGGCCUCUUGUCACCUGCAGCUGCCUCUGGGUACCCUGGCAGUGCCACGAGACUGUCUUGUCAUGGAUUUCAUCCCCCAGGCAGGAAAUCACAGCACCAGCACACACAGAUUUGAGGAUGUAACAAAAGCUGUGUCUGUAGCCAGCGUGUCCAGAAGUGCUGGGAGGAGCAGGUGACAGCAGAGCAUCCUGCCAGCCCAGGGGCACAGACCCUGCUCCCCCCUGCCCCCAUCCCAUGAGACUGGCAGCUCUCUGCUCUUGGGAAGCAGAGCAUCCUGACUGAGAGCACACCUGCCACCAGACAAACUGGGAGCUCCAGACCUGGUGCUGCCCAGAGUGAUGGGACUGCAGCAGCACCAAGGGACCAACCUUGAGCAUCAGGACCAGGCUGAUGGAGCUGAGCUCCUCCUUCAGCACAGAUCCAACUUCAUACAAUUGUAGGAUGGUUUGGGUUGGAAGGGACCUCAAAAUCAUCUAAUUCCAAGCCCAGUUUACCAUGGGCAGCUACAGAAACCAGCUCUGACACCCCAAAACAUUUCCAGGUAGAAAUCAACAAUUGUCUCUGACAAAAGCCAUCACACUCAAGGGAAAUGCUUUGCUCUUUUUUUACCCAGUGCCCUCCACUCACCAUCCCUUUCCCCUUGCACACAAACAUGGAUGAGAACACAGUUGUGCCAUACCUGAGACAGACAAGCUCUCCUCAUUGCUGGGGAUUUUUUGUCCAGGUUUUCUGUUUGGUUUUAUUAUAUCCCAGACAUUCACUUCAGAUGGCCUGGCUGCUAAAGCCCAGCUCAGUGAGGUGCAGGGCUCCAUGCCAAGCCACAGGGUUUGUGUCCAUCCCCAGGCAGAGCAGAGAGUGCUCAGCUCAACAAAUCGCUGCCUAUCAGCUCAACUAUAAUGAGUAAAAAUAUAUUAGAGAAGUAUGAGGAGAACUAGGCAUGGAUUAAAUAAAUUAAUAUUUAAGCUUACAACAUGACUAGAAGCCCACUGAAGCAACACAAACAUUUUUUAAAAGCCUUUAACAGAUUUCAGGGAAAUUAUAUCUGCACUGUGCUGCCUUUUACUUCAGUGGAAAUUAAUUAGGGUGAUUGUUUUAGCUCAUGUAGGUUGCUGGAGAGUGAUGUAUGAGUCUCUGGUGGAAGAAGGAAAAGUCUGGUUUAGCUGAAGCACAAUGGAGGAGCUCAGGUUGGAGCUGCCUGGUUUUUUUAGAGCUUAAAAAGAUGUGGAAAUGGAGGAAAUAGAAAAUCCAGAGCGACAGCUGAGCUCAUCCUAACGUAACAAGCACACUGGAAAAGUGAAAUGGAGCACCCUGGCACGCAUCAGGGAAAGCCAGAAAUAAUCAAAUUGGUUUUUUGCAUGCCACUGAGUACAAGGGGUGAUUGUUAAUCUUAAUGGAAUGACAUGGGAUUGGCAGUAAAAUCAAAAACCAAGUGGGAAGUUGUAACAUUAAUGUAACUGCAGUGGUUUGAGGGAAAUGAACUACAAAACAUGGUGAUGGAGAAGCUAAAAUGCUGCUGUCCUAAUGUGUUAAACUGCAGCACCUUGAACAAAUCCUUGCAUAAAGGGAGCAGGUAGAAAAAUGUUAAUAUACAUACAAAAAAAAAGGCUAAGCAGAGGUUUCUUCGCGCUUACAAAAUGGAGCACAUCAAACUUGUGAGGAAGUAAAAUUUCAAGUUUUUCAAACUGAUUUUGACCAAAAUUUGAAUUCUGGGAGCUGCAAGAGAGGGAGAGUGGUCACAACCCACUGAGAAAUGGCCUCUGCAUUCUAUUUAUUUUAAUUUUUCUUCCAACAGAAAUAAAUGCUUUUUGAAAAGCCAUGUUUAAUGCAGGUCCCAUAAACAUUAUUCCUGUGUUAGGUUAUGUACAUCUGUCCAUGAAAUGUGGCAGUUUCUCAAGGAUCUGCCCUGUUACACUAUUUUUUUGGGGAGGCAGGGACAGCACAGGCCAAGAGGCUUUAGAAAAGAAUUGUAGGCAGAUGUAAGGAGAGUCAUUGACUAUCUGGCAAGUCAUACCUAAUGCCUUUUUUAAAAGCAACAGAUGGUGUGUGAACAG